AUGUCGUGGUUCUGCGAUUUCGACCAUGAAACAAUCAAGAACUACAAGUUUUUGUAUUUCGGAGAGACUGAGGAACAGCAGGCUGGGACUAUCAAUGAGCUAAUGGAUGUUUUAGACGAUCACGGUGUUGACAAUAGUACCAUUUCCCAUAUUUUAGAGGAGUUAUCAGCAAACCGUACAAAGCAUAGCACCAGUGGAUCUGCAAUUAGGAUGAAAGUAGGACAAGAAAUGAGAAAAAACGCGGAAGCAAUGAGAUUGUUGUAUCUCAUUUAUGAAAAUGAUUACAAAGUUUUUAAUCUGAAAUCUCCGUUUGCUCAGACCUAA